AUGGAUCCUUCGCAAGUACGCGUCUUACCCAAAAUCGACACCUCCGCGGGGCACAAUUUCACCCAACCCAGUAAACGGAUCAACGAGGGUCAAGAUGUGAACGAGUUCCUAUCGUCCAAGGCAUACGUCGAUAUCAUGACCUUUCUCCUGCAGCUAAACCGCUCAAUGUUCCCUUCGAAAUUAUCGGAUGGACGAGUACAGACAUGGUCACUCAACUGCGAAGCCGUCGAAUACUCCGCACCAGUGCGCCAACUACAGCAGCUACUGUCGAAGCUUGAAACGAUACUCGAGGAAGCACCCCCUGAUACUGGACCGCGCAGGUUUGGAAAUAUAAGUUUUCGGAAAUGGCACCAAAUAGUGGAGAGUCGGGCUACGAGUCUUUUGGAGGAAUGUUUAUCGUCCGAGAUCCUGCAAACCCCGUCUUCUGAGUCCGGUGGCCCGACAGCGGAGGUAGAGCUGGUGGCAUACUUUUUGGGAAGCUGGGGUAGCCCCCAAAGAUUGGACUACGGAACAGGGCAUGAACUGAGCUUUCUUGCCUUCCUGGCAGGAAUUUGGAAGCUACAUGGAUUCCCUCAGAACAGUCCUGGGGUGGAGGAGAGGGCGAUAGUUUUGGGCGUGAUACAACCAUACCUUGAGCUCGUCCGGAGCAUCAUCAAGCGAUAUACCCUCGAGCCUGCCGGCUCGCAUGGCGUCUGGGGCCUGGACGAUCAUUCAUUCAUGCCAUACAUCUUUGGGGCAGCGCAACUAGCACCCGCAAUAUCCGAGUCAGACCCCAUACCUGAAGAAGGGUCAUUGCCCGAUGCACCAGCGCCGGGGGGUGUGACAAAAGCGAACGUGGUGCAACGAGAAAGGACGGAAAAUCUCUACUUCUCCGCCAUCGGCUUCAUUUACGAUGUUAAACGGGGCCCCUUCUGGGAGCACAGCCCGAUGCUCUACGAUAUAUCCGGCAUCCAAGCCGGGUGGGGGAAAAUCAACAAGGGAAUGAUCAAGAUGUACAAUGCGGAAGUGCUUUCCAAAUUUCCAGUAGUCCAACACUUCCCCUUCGGGUCAUUGUUUAGGUGGGAGCGCGACCCCAAUGCUCCUAUUCCAACAGCUACAGCUCAUACAACUACUACAACACGGAGAACGGACGAACCCGCCCCCUCCGUAUCAUCACAGGCUGCAGGCCCCGGAACCAAAGCCCCAUGGGCGAGCACUAGAACACCAGGGCCGUCGUCGAGCACCCCUAGAGGUGGCGCAUCAACUAUUCCAGAUACUUCGAGGCUUCCUCCUGGCGCAUCGGCUCCAACACGAGCACCUUGGGCUAAUACUCAGCGAGGCGGCUCAACAUCUACUGGCGACUCAACACCUGCCGGCCAAGUACCAACAAAGGCCCCAUGGGCCAAGUAA